AUGGGCGAGCCCGCCGGUCACGCGUACGAGUGCCACCCUCUGGCUCUCCUCUCCAUCGCCAGAGACGCUCCGCCGCGAGAGGCAGCCUACCGGGCCGACCAGCCCGCUGCCAGCGCCCAAGACGACUUCACGUCCCUCAUGGCCGCCUCCAUGAUGGAGAUGCCCGCCCUCCUCAACACCGCAUCGAGCCCCGUUUCGCCGGGCCAGUCGAGUCCCCAGCAGGCAAAGCCGUCCCUCUUUGUCCCCCCAGCCCGCCCGAGCAGCACUCCCUUCCCCCAUCCCGAGAAUCGAAAUCCCCACGUCUGCUGCCUGGGUGAAUCCGACUUCGACUCCGACGCCGCCGCCGAUGAUGCCUCGCUUUCGCUCCCCGCCGAUGACUCCGUCUCGGGGCUCUCCCAAGCCAUCCAGUUCGAGGAGCUGCCCCUCGAGGUGCACGAAGCCAUUGUUGACCAUCUGUUUGGCUUCUGCAUCUCCCCGACCUCCAGCAGCGCGAUGAGAAUCUCCAGCCUGACAAGGAGCUGGGGCAGCGCCCUCCGCCAUUCGCGCCGCCGCGAGCUCGCCAACCUGGCCCUCGUCAACAGCCGCUGGACCUUUUUGAUCCAGCAGAGACUCUACCGCCACAUCAAGCUCAAGGCAACCGUCGAGUCCGUCGAGGACGCCGUCAUGCACUUGGCUUGUCGCCAGCACCUCGCCCGUCAUGUCAAGCACGUCGAGGUCUGGUUCCCCGUCUUCCAGCCCAUGUACGGCCCCCUCGCCACCUCAAACUCGCUGGCUCUGCCAACCGUCACCACCAGCGGCCUGACCAACGCCACCUACAUCUUGCCUGAGAACAACUGCACCCUGGACGAGGUCUUUCGCUUCGUCAGCCUGGUUUUGCCAGAGGCCCAGGUCCUGACCCUCGAGGGCGGCGAGCGACGAAAGGCCCCCAAGGUGCUUCAUUCCAAUGAGCGUGACCAGGGCCCCGCUGCCACCGGGCCGUCACUCUGCCCCAUAGACUCUGUCCGCACCUUGGUUACCAGGGGCCAGUGGAACUUGAUGCGGGACCACCAAGACUUUGCUAACGUCUUGCGGGCUCUCCCUAACCUCGAGGAGUGGCAGGGAUCCUACAGCAAGCCAAAGUCCAAGAGCUAUAUUACACUGUCUGAGUACAUCCCCUGCCUGCCGGCACACGUCACGAGGCUCGGCAUGUGCAUGGAAAACGACUACCGUCGAGAGGCCGGUACCCCGCCCUUCUACUACAAGGUGGCCACGAGAACACACAUCUGUGCCAGCUUGGGCCAGGUCCUGCCGCGCCUUGAGCACUUUUCCUUUACCGGCCGCGUAUGUCACAAGCUUUUCGACCUGGCCUCGCGCCAGAGCGACCCGCUCAACUCGAGACUCAAGUCCAUCGACCUGACGGUCAAGAACUGCUGCCCCACGCCGGACAGCAACAGCAACUACCCCGGCUCUGGCUCGGGCAUCCACGAAAUGGGCUUCAUCGAGGCGUUUGAGAAGCUGGUGGUGGCCGCGAUUCGGUUUCUGGAGAAGCACAAGGGUCUGCAGUAUCUCAGGAUUCGCUUCGUAGAUCUGGAUUCCCUUUUGCCGCCCCUGAACCCGUACUUUCUGCUCCGGCAGCAAAGAUGCACCGGAGUCUGGAGCGACCUCAUCGUGACGGAAAUGGCCCGGGUGCGGCCCGACGUGUCAUUCGCGGAGCUAAGUGACAGCUUCGGCAACAUCAUGUACAGCAAAGAAGGCAGGAUGGUCGUUUCGCCCGAGAAUCCACGGACGCGCAUCUCGUCGCUGAAACUGAGCAACUACCAAGCGCUUGCUAACCGAAUGACGAUUCAGUAG